AGCCCAUUUCCUGACACGAAUCUCCUCCGCCUUUAAAUUCAAACCGACAGUCUUCCGACCUUCCCCAAAAAACGCCUCACACAAUCCAAUCCAAUCCUAACUAUGACUCUCAAAUCUCAAUCUCUCAUCCUCCUCCUCUCUCUCCUCUCUCCCUUCCUCCUCUCCGCCGCCGCGCUUGGCGGCAACCAGGCGUCUACGCCCCUUGGCGGUUGGCAGCCGAUCGAGAACGUUUCGGCGCCUGAGGUGAUAGAGACAGCGCAGUUUGCCGUCGCCGAGCACAACAAGAAGGCCGACUCGACGUUGAAGUUCCGCAGCGUGGUUCGGGGCGAGUACCAGGUGGUUGCCGGCAUGAAUUACCGGCUAAUCAUCGCCGCUAAAGACGGCGGCGUCGCUGGAAAGUACGAGGCGGUUGUUUACGUAAGGCCUUGGGAGCAUUAUAAGAGCCUCACGUCGUUCACAAAGGUCUAGGACUGGGAAUGUGACCGCGGCGGAUUUGGUAACGUGCGGUGUAAUGUAAACAUCGGUGUAAUGUAAAAUGGAAGGGAAAAUAUUUCGAGUAUGAUUUUCUUGUUCCGUUUCUUUUUCUCAGGCGCGUUUUCGCUGACCAAAAAUUGUUGUAUUAAUUUUGUCUUUAUUUUAAAAAAAAUCGUCUAUUAAUUUCGCUCCAAA